UAGUAUUAAAGCCCGCGGGAGCAGCUGUUGGAAAUCCUGCAGUAAAUGACAAGCAGGCGCAGGGUUUGAUCACAGAAGAGAGCAGACGCCGGUACUACCCACUCCCACUUUGGACUUACUUUCACUUGAUAGUUCACAUACUGACAUUUGACUGUUGUCAGUUUUCAUUCAGUUUAACCACAGCUACGGCGCUCACCAUGCCGCUGAGUUCAAGUAUGGCGAGUAAAAACUACGAUUACGACUACGACUCCUAUCAGCCUUAUUUUUAUUGCGACAACGAGGAUGAGGGUUUUUAUAACCAACAGCACGGUCAACCUCCGGCGCCCAGUGAGGAUAUAUGGAAGAAAUUUGAAUUGCUUCCCACACCCCCACUCUCCCCGAGCCGGCGACCCUCUCUGACGGACCCGUUCCCCUCUACUGCCGAUCAGCUGGAGAUGGUGUCGGAAUUUUUGGGGGACGACGUAGUGAACCACAGUUUCAUUUGCGAUGCGGACUACUCCCAGUCUUUCUUAAAGUCUAUUAUCAUUCAGGACUGCAUGUGGAGCGGGUUUUCAGCCGCAGCCAAACUGGAGAAGGUGGUGUCGGAGAGAUUAGCGUCGCUCCAGGCAGCGAGGAAGGAGUCAUCCAGGACUGACUCGACAGACAGCUGUCAGUCCAGUCCAAACGCUGGUUACCUUCAGGAUGUGAGCAGUCCUGCAUCGCAGUGCAUUGACCCGUCGGUAGUAUUUCCCUUUCCGUUGACUGACAGCUCAAAAACCUGCAAUCAGUCCACGCCGGUUCCCACGCCACUGCCACUGGAUACCCCGCCAAACAGCGGUAGCAGCAGCAGUAGUGACAGUGAUUCUGAUGACGAGGAGGAGGAAGAAGAAGAAGAAAUCGACGUCGUCACGGUGGAAAAGAGAAAGUCUGUGAAGAAGUCCGAUUCGAACGCGACGCAUCAGAGCCCCGUCGUCCUCAAACGGUGUCACGUUAACAUUCACCAACACAACUACGCUGCCCACCCAUCCACGCGACACGAGCAGCCCGCAGUCAAACGGAUUAGAUUCGAGAGUAGCAGCCGGGUGCUCAAACAAAUCAGCCAUAACCGAAAAUGCACGAGUCCAAGGACGUCGGACUCGGAGGAUAACGAUAAGCGCAGGACUCAUAACGUGCUCGAGCGGCAGCGGCGGAACGAGCUCAAGCUGAGUUUCUUCGCGUUGAGAGACGAAAUUCCCGACGUGGCCAACAACGACAAGGCUGCCAAAGUAGUGAUACUGAAAAAAGCAACGGAAUGCAUCAUAAGCAUGCAAGAGGAUGAACACAAACUCAUCUCGCUUAAGGAUCAUUUAAGGAGGAAAUGUGAACGUUUAAAACAGAGACUCGAACAAUUGAGCAAUUCUUAAGUUGCUUGGACUUUUAUUUAUGGACUUGACUUGUUUUAAGCAUUUGAGAGGUCUUCGUAUGCUUGUGGCGUUCAUACGAAGGUCUCAAGGGUGUGGCAAGUAAUGACAGCACCUGAACGUUGCAGCACUCUGACGUUGAUUUAUACGAUUACACUGCCUCAAUUGACUAUGUAAUGGAGGUUAGACUAUUUGUAUUUAAUUUUAUUUUUAGUAUGAAAUGGUCUGCGGUUUCACUUCGCUGUUGGCCUUAACUUAAACAUUUUUGUUUUUUGUAUGUUUGUACAUAUUGCACAUAUGUAUUCAAGAUGCUGUUGAUUUCUCAUUAUAAAAUGCAUUUCUCUAUAAAA